AUGGAAGCACUACAGGCUCUGUGCCAACCCCUCCUCAUCUCCGCCAUCGCCGUCGUCCUGGUGCGCGUCCUCAGGCACUUGCUCCUCGGCCGCAAGGCGAGGCACCCGCCGGGGCCGUGGAAGCUGCCGGUGAUCGGCAGCAUGCACCACCUGGUGAACGUGCUCCCGCACCGCGCGCUCAGGGACCUCGCCGGCGUCCACGGCCCGCUCAUGAUGCUCCAGCUCGGCGAGACCCCGCUCGUGGUCGUGUCGUCGCGUGAGAUGGCCCGCCAGGUCCUCAAGACGCACGACGCCAACUUCGCCACCCGCCCCAAGCUCCUCUGCGGCGAGAUCGUGCUCUACCGCUGGGCGGACAUCGUCUUCUCGCCGUCCGGCGACUACUGGCGCAAGCUCCGCCAGCUCUGCGCCGCCGAGGUCCUUAGCCCGAAGCGCGUGCUCACCUUCCGGCACAUCAGGGAACAGGAGAUGGCGAGCCAGGUGGAAAGGAUACGAGCGGCCGGGCCAUCCACGCCCGUCGACCUCAGCGCGAUGUUCUACAACCUGGCGAUCACCAUCGUCUCCCGUGCAUCCUUCGGCAACAGGCAGAGGAACGCCGACGAGUUCCUGACGGCGAUGAAGGCCGGCAUCGGUCUGGCCAGCGGGUUCAAGAUCCCCGACCUCUUCCCCACCUGGCGACCCGUGCUCGCCGCGGUGACCGGGAUGCGGCGCACCCUGGAGGACGUCCACAGGACGGUGGACUCCACCCUGGAGGGGGUCAUAGAGGAGAGGGAACGCGUCCGGGACGAGAAGGCCAGGUCGUCCGGCAACGCAGAUGCCGCCGACGAGGAGAACCUCGUCGACCUCCUCAUCGGCCUGCAGGAGAGGGGCUCCUCGGGGUUCCACCUGAGCAGAGACAGCAUCAAAGCAAUCAUUUUUGACAUGUUCACGGCCGGGACGGGGACGCUGGCGUCGUCUCUGGACUGGGGCACGUCGGAGCUGAUGCGGAACCAGAGGGUGAUGAACAAGCUGCAGCGUGAGAUCAGGGAGGCGUUCCGGGGCAAGGCGGCCGUCACGGAGGCCGACAUCCAGGCAGCCAGCCUGCCAUACCUGAAGCUUGUGAUCAAGGAGACGCUCCGGCUUCACCCGCCGGUGCCGCUCUUGGUGCCCCGAGAGAGCAUCGACGCGUGCGAGAUCGAGGGCUACCAGAUUCCAGCAAGGGCCCGGGUCAUCGUGAAUGCAUGGGCUAUCGGAAGGGACCCGAAGUACUGGGACGAUGCCGAUGAGUUCAGGCCCGAGAGGUUCGAGGAUAACGCGAUGGACUUUAUGGGGAGCAGCUACGAGUACAUACCACCGUUCGGUGCUGGCCGGAGGAUGUGCCCUGGCGUUUCGUAUGGGCUCCCUGUGUUGGAGAUGGCGCUCGUGCAGCUCCUCUACCAUUUCAACUGGUCCCUAGCAGAGGGCACCGAUGAGGUUGACAUGACAGAGGCGCCAGGUCUUGGUGUCCGCCGCAAGUCGCCUCUCCUACUAUGUGCCACCCAGUUCGUUCCUGAAACAAGGUGAAAAGUACAUGUAUA